AUGUUACAUGACUUGGCCUUGGCCCGGACUCGAACUGGUGACCUACCGUGCUAUGCGGGCAAGGCCAGGGUUACUCAGUGCAGCAUGCAAGGGCAGUGCAUCGACGUGGACUGCUGGCCCUCAGUCCGGUUGAGACGAGAAGGUCGGAUAGUCGGGGGUGAGACUGCAACCAAGGGGGAGUUUCCGUGGUUGGUAUCUCUGACGAAAAAUGGCGGCCACUUCUGUGGAGGCACCUUAGUCAACAAACACUGGGUGUUGACUGCAGCACAUUGUCUGUGCAGUGGAACAGAUACUCUCGGCACCACGGGCCUGCGUGUGACUCUAAGCCAACACAACCUCCUGCAGGGCGGCGACCUCAGGCUGCCCGUGACCAAGGUCAUCCUCCACCCGGACUUCCGCUGUGCCAGCUACGACAGCGACCUAGCACUGUUGCGGCUGGGGGCUGCGGCUCCGUGGUCCUCUGGGGUGCUGCCUGCGUGCUUCUCUGACCCCACGGCGGAGGAAGCGACAGUAGCUGGGUGGGGGUGGACGGAGGAAAACUCUUCCAAGGGUAAGCGAGCCAACGUGCUGCGGAAGGUGCGGCUGUCCAUAGUAGACAACAUGCUGUGCCAGGAGUGGUAUCUGUCACAGGGUAAAGCGUUGAGGGUGCAAGACUCACAGCUAUGCGCGGGAGUAGAGGCAGGGGGCAAGGAUGCGUGCUGGGCGGACAGUGGAGGACCAUUAAUGGUGGGGGAGGAAGGAGAGAUGGCUGUUGUAGGGGUAGUAUCCACAGGGGUAGGUUGUGCUAGACCUAGACUACCAGGACUGUACACCAGAGUGGCGACGUUCCUGAAGUGGAUGAACUCUACCAUGGUAGAAAACAGCUGA